GUUUUUUGUUUUUUAAUAAAAUCUGAAUUUCAAUGAAGCUUUUGAACUUUACUGAGAAGUGCUUUCCUUUCCCUUCAGUUGGCACAGCCAUCUCACUCUCAGCCAAGCUUUAGGAUGGUUUAUUUGCUUUGCUAGAAUAGCAGUAAGCUGUAGCAGUUCAUCACGGUCGCACACUGUAAGUGAUUUUAGCUCGUAAAAGCUGCUGGGUUGGCUGGCAGAGGCAGUGCAGAGCUUCCACUGGUGUGGAAUGUACUGCUCUGACAGAGCAGGGCCGUGCUGGCUUUGAAAGUAGCUGGCUUUUGGAGCUGUGGCCUCAUGGAUCUCUGCUCCACCUGAGCCUCUUAAGAAUCAAAGCACUGCUCCUCUGGGCACGCUGCUUCACUUUCAAAGAUGGGAUUAAAGGCACAGCAGUAUUCUUACAUCCUGCAUGGGCUGGGAGCUGUUGCUACAAGCGUAGCAAGUACCAUCCUGGACUGUAUGGAAAUCUCUGGCAGGCUCUGUCUGCUGUUACUGGUCUUACUGGAUUUUUGGGGCUGUGAACCAGAUGCUGCUGCUUUCCAGGGCUCUGAUGCUCUUCCCUCUGCAGCCAGCCUUCCCUUGCAGGGAGUCUCCAUGUGCUGGAAUGGGAAGAUUUCACCUAGAAGCCUCUGGUUGUUGCUGGUGGGUGAGCCCUGCUGCCCCCUCCUCUAACAAAUUGGGAUCUCCCAUGCAGAGGGCUGAGCACAGCCUGUUAAGCAUCCUCCUGCACGUUUCCCUCCAGUGUCUGAAUGCUGUAUGAUGUAGCCUGGCUUCUUUGGAGUUGCUGGGCUGCCGGUGUGCUCCUGGGGCUGAACCAGAUGUAAAUGGUGCCCUGAAGGCUGGGGAGGUGAUGGUGACCCGCUGGUUUCACAUGCCCUGGGAAACCUUAGAAAUUAAGGUGAGGAAACGCCAUUACUUAUACAUGGCACAAGAGUCUAAAGUCACUUGCAUGUUUUAAUUAAGAGUGCUCCAAAGCAAAGGAUUGUUGUGCAGGCUGGGAGAGGGAAUAGCCCAAACUGGGAGCACUAUAAAUUACUUGUUGCUCUGUUUGUUGUCCCACCAGCAAACACAGACCCAGCUGUUCGUUGGGUGUCAGUGAACUUGCAUAGUUUGUUGUUUCCUGCAUAUCCUGGUGCUGCACAUAGGCAGAUCCCCAUCUGGCUGAGAGCUGGGUGCUUAGAUCUGUAUGUCAGUGCAGUCAUUGCAAAAAAGAAAGGGGUUGAAACUGUGAUUCUUUUCAGUCAAAGGAUAAUUAAGCACCUGAAUUAAAGGAGAAAAUUGCCUUUCCGAUUUAAGUUUAAGAGCAGUGAUUUUGAACACAGAUGAAAACUGAAUUCUUCUUCCAUAAAAUGAAGAAAACAAAACCUACACACUUGAAAUGCACCCAGCACAUGGAAAAAUAAUGUGUAGAAAUGCCCCACGACAGGUAGGAUGUGUAAGGCUGCAUCCCAGCUCCAAUAAAGAGCUCUGCUUUAUCUUCCUGCAGGUUGUCUGUCCUGUUUCCUCAGGCAAGGCUUGGCUGUGAGAUCCCUGCUCUGCCGUGCUGAGGUUGUGAAACUCCUCUUGUUUGUAUUUUUUGCUUUGUGUUCUUUUAAACAGAGCUUUCUUCAGAGCCACCCAAUCGCAGCUGCUGCUCGAGCUGCGUUGCGAUGGCAGGUGUUGCUCUGUGCUUGUGUUUAGGUCCUGCCCCUUGGAAGGAUGCCUGCAUUUCAAAAUUUACUUUUUUUUCUUUCUCUCUUGUGCAAUGUCUCACUGAGCAGACGUGCUCAGGUGCACUUUGGACUGUGGAUAGCCCAAACAUGACUUUUACUCUCUGCCUUGCUGUACCCGCGGCUUGUGAAUCCUUUAUGGUAUCACUGUGCUUUCAGUCCUUACUGGGGCCUGUGCUGUAAAUCCAAGCAGCAGUGUCCCAAGAAGAGGUCGUUAAAGGAUUGCAGUGUAGUUAGCAGGGCAGCUUGGGCAGCGCUGAGUUUCGUUUCCUUUUUGGUCAGGGUCUGAGGAGCAGUCUAUGCAAAGUGCUGGCUAUUCUUACACACCGUUAGGGAAGAGGGACUCAUAUCAAAUGUCACAAACUGUCCGGAGUGCCUGCCCCACAUAUGGAGAGGGGCAGGAGGUGGAAGUACUGGAACAAACUGCUGCUUCUCUCUGAUCACUGGGUCUCAAAGUAUUUGAGGCAGUCUCAGAUGCUUUGCAUCUAUAAGCAGAACAGGGGAAGCGUGGAGAAGCUGAGCGACCCAAAAGAUCAGCCAGCAACCCACUGCAUCACUGCAAGAGGAACCAUGGCCCAAGUGAUACUCUCCUUUAAGUCACUGUUCCCAGAUGAGUUUCCAGGUUUACCUGGGUGCCUGAAGCACCAAGCAGUUGCAGAAGGGCUGUGGUUGGUGAGGAGCAGAUGGUGCUGCCCAGGGAUGUGCAGUCUGACCUACAGGCUGAGCUGGCAGGUGGCAAACUGGAGCUGCAGGUGGUGAGUUGGAGCUGCAUCUGCUGUGAGACUGGGCGAGGAGGAGGAAGAGGAGGAGGAAGGCUGCCUCCCUGCAGUGCCUCCCACACACAGCUUACUCCUCUCGAGCAUUUUAGCCAGGUAAAGUAUGCUGGGGUGGGGUGUUGGAGGACAUGGCUGACUUGCUUUGCAUUUUUUAAAGUGGGCAGAGGGAGAAUUGCACGUGGUGCACUGAGGCCUCUGUAGCCUCUGGGAUUUGAAAUGAAACCACGCAACAUAACAAUGUUUGUGGGUCCCUUGUAGUUCAUCACAGCCACACUCUGGGGAGGCCUUCCAUCACAGCAGCUCCUCCCACCUCUCCCAAUAGCUUUUUUACUUCCCAGACACACAGUCCAGAAUUCAUCCAGGCCGACUGUUCCAAAGGUUCAUCCGUAGGGCACCAAGGUCUGUGUGAAGCUCAGGGUCUUUCUUCUGCGCCCAACUGCUCUCCGGUUUCUGCUUGCAAAAGCUUGUGGGUGGCUGCCUUAGCUUAGGUGUUGGUUUCAGAUUUAUUGAUGCCCAUUUGAUGUCCAUUUGAGCCCUUGAUAUUUUUAAGUUAGUGUAGCAGAUCUUCCACUCCUGCUCGCUCCCCAGUAAAAGCCCAUGCAUCCCGGGCCCUUGGCGUGCAGCUGUACUGCCCUGAGCCUGCCAGCUCACUUCAGCUGCUCUCCUGCCCAUGGCAUUUACGUGGCCUCGGACCAGAAAGGGCUUUUGUGGGUUGGGAAAGUAAGCCGACAAGUAGCAACAGAUGGUAACAUUAUCAGUUUUACAGUCACGUCUGCACCUGGUCACCCAGUGUUAGUGAUUUUCGAAGGAGAAAUGCAUCUGGAAAGGUGACUGAGGGGCACGUUCAGUCCUGAUCACUCUCCCAGGGGCAGACUGAACUCCUGAGAAGUGAAAAUUAUUCAGCUCCACUUAUUUAUCACUUAAUGCAAUAUUCCACAGAUUGGGCUGUUACUCCUUCUGCUUUUCCUAAUAUCCUGGUGCAUGUUGGGCUGUUGGGACACAUGGGGCCUUUUCUGGGGGUCAGACCCUGCCCCCAGGAGUCUCUGGAGCCCACAGCUUUGCUUGGGGCAUGCAGGGGCAAUAGGUCAAUGUCUUAAUGACUACACAAACAGCACUUCUUCCCCCUUGCAGGAACGGGCUGUGAGCUCUGCUAGCCAUGCCAAAUUCCCCCUCUGGAAGUCAGCCCAUCCUCCCUUCGGCAUCAAUUGACCACAGACAGCCUCAGCCUCCUCCUGGGCUGCUCCUGCUGCUCCUCUGGGGUGGAUCAGAGCCGAGCAUGGGAGCAUGUGAUCUCCUUUACAAGGUGGGGCAUGCAAUUAUCUGUCGCCAGGAGAGAGGAGGUCAUGCUGGGAGUGAAGCUGUUUAAUCAGAGCUGGAUGUGAUCUGAAAAAUCACUUUGGAGGAGGAGCAGUGCGCCCGGCUGUUUGACCUUUGAGGACUUCCUCAAAUUCUUCUCUCCCAUCACGAGGGCUGGAAGCACCCCACGAGCAGAUCCAAACCUGAAGCCUUCAUGUAACCACAGUCAGCGUUGGAGCUGUAAGAAAAACAGCCUUAAUUAAAUAACGAGACUUUGAGCAUCUGUAUGACUCUGGUACAUUUGUUAGAGGCUGAUGGAUGGGGUAAACCACUUUAGCUGAAGUGACAAAGCUUCAUUGCCUCACCCAGGGAAGCAGGAGCUGCCCAGCAUCCCAGUGCCAGGACGGGCCCCUCAAACCAUCCCCUUUUGUAUCCUCAAAGGAGUUGGGGUUGUUGGGAUUUUAACAGUUCAGCAGGCAGUAUGAGCUAUAUGUGCCCUCCCCCCCCCCAGUGCAGCCUGUCUGUCUGUCUGUGUCUGUCUGUCCACCCCUUUCCCAGGGCAGGGGAAGUUGCAGGCGCCUGCUGGAAGUGCCUCACAGGAACAUCCACAUCCGCCACACAAAGGUGAACUGAAGGCUGCUCUACUCAUGGCUGUCCUUACCGGAACGGCAGGCUGGGUUCCAGCUCACAAAAUAAACGUGUUUUGAGAAACAGUGAUUGCUGUUGCCUGGCAUUAACAAUAGGGUCUGCUCCUCCCCCACGUGGCAAUCUGUGCUCUGUGUGAGAGGGCAGCAGAUCCCAGCCCUGCCAUGGGUUUCUCAGCCUCUUCCCCCUGUCCUUUUCCUCAUCUUUCUCUGGAGCAUUGCUUUGCUUUGCUUUGCUUUGCUUUGCUUUGGCUGCAUCCUGCGUGGGGAAUGAGUGCUGCACAGUGGGGUCCUCCUCCUCGGAUUGGUCCUGCAUCACUUUCAGUGGGGUUUGGCUUGUGCCAGCAGAGCUUGGACAGGCCCUGGUGCAUGGGAUGUUGCUAUGGCCUCAGCUCCUGGAUCCCCAGCACUGGGGUACAACUCUGGCUGCAAUGCCUGCACAUCCAGGGUGUGCAGGAUGCCAUGGAGCUUCCACGGGGAUGGGCAGGGCUCAGUACUGCCUCUUUUCCCUUUCAGAAACAGAACCUACGAUUCCCGUGCCAAAUGUCAUAUCUUUGUUCCCUCUAGAGCCUGCUGGUUCCCUGCAGGUAGCAGUCAUGUGGCUGCAGCCUGGGCUGCACCCCACUCCCAUUCAGCAUGGAGGGAUGUGAGGAGCUGAGGCCUCUCUUGGGCUCUGCAGUGCCAACUCCAGGGAGUCUGCCCACAUUUUGGGGUGCUGGGAGUGGAGGUGGGCUGGGGCCGGAAAGGACACUCAGCCCUCCAGGAAGGAAAGAGGGCAGAGGUAAAAAUAACCCCUGGGUUGGCUCUGGUCCCUGUGGCUUCCUGCAAUUUACAGCCCUUCCCGGGGAAGGGGAGGCAGGAACCUGCCUGGAUCUGAGCUCACUUUGACCCUUUCACCGCUGACAGAAGGUACUGGAAGGACUUUGCUUUGCCCUAUUCCUGUGGGCUUAGGCAGGACCCUGAGGAAGGGAAUUGCAGUGCCAGGACAGCAGCUGAGCGCAGAAGCCGAGCGCAGCUUUGGGGUCCCCAUCCCACACAGGGUUGGCCGGCAGGCGAUGGUCCCACUCGGCAGCACCCCCCGAGCCGUCUGCACUUCUGGCCGCGGCGUCUCCCCGCUGCGUUUGCUGAACCGGGGUCCCGAGUAUCUGCGGGAGCAGCUGGGGGGGGGCGGCGGCGGCCGCACACCCAGCGCCGUGGAGCGGCUGGAAGCAGACAAAGUGAAAUACGUCAAAUCGCAGCAGGUCAUCAACAGCCGACAGGAGCCGGCAUUGCGAGGCUGCUCGCCCUGCUGCUCGCCCCGCGGCCGGCGACUUCUCGCCCUGCAGCAGCGCCACGAGUUCUGCCACGGCUCGGAUCUGAGCUGUGAAGGCGGCCGCAAGGUGCUGCCCGGUCCUUCGUCCCCCGUGCCGCGGAGGGGAGGUGGCGGCAGGCGUCUGCUGAGACCCGACUCUCUCGUCAUUUACCGCCAGAAGCGGGACUGCCCAGCGAUCAACAAGGAGAACACCAAGGGCUACGGGCUGGUGCGACGCCUCUUCCAGGGGCCGCUCAGGGACAAACCUCCCAGCUCUCCCCCGGCCCAAGGGUCGGAUAAAUCCUCCGAGAGCCCCAUGCUGUGGGCGUCCAUGGAGCAAGCAGAAGAUGUGCAGACGCCGGAUGCCGGCAGCAGCAGCAGCAUCGUCCCAAUGCCUGACAGCCCCGUGCCGCAGACCCCCCAAGCCCCCAGCCUGGCCCAGCCCCCCGCCUCCCCUGGCCCCAGCAAACCGGCACUUGGCCUGCGCCCGUCCCUGCCGCUUUCGGAGAAGGAGCGGUUCUUCAAUUACUGUGGGCUGGACCGGGCCAUGGUGGAAGGGCUGGGGAAGGAACGGUUUGUGCCAGCGGGGUGGGAUGCUGCCUCAGCACGGCUCCACAGCUCCUGUGAGUGGGAGCCCAGCCAGGCUUCGGGAUGCAGCGGGGAGGAUGUGGGGCCAGGUGAGGAGGAGCCGGACACACGGCUCUGCUCCGCCAUUUCGGUGGUGGAGCGCAAUGCCCGUGUCAUCAAAUGGCUCUAUGGCUGCCAGCGAGCUUGGGCGGCCGCCAAGGAAUCCACAGUCUGAAAGGAAGCACCCAGCCAGCCGUGUGUGGGUCUAGGUGGAUGAUACGGCCCCUUGCUCUUGCCGGAUGUGGUUUGGGGACUGGCAGCACCCCGACACUACGGUGCUGCUUACAGGCCAGCAGGGACACCAAGUCUACCCUGAGCAGAGACAAGGUCUGCCCACAGAAGGGACAACUGCUUUAUCCCUUGGAUAUGCAGCCCACCAAUAGCUGCUUUUUGAGGUGUGGGUGCACGGCCGAGUGUGGUGGGGUGCCCAGGGACCUUCUUUGGGUGAGUCCAGCCUCAGCUGUGGUGGCUGGAAGGCUGCUGUUCCUUGCUGGGCCCCUACCUCUUGGUCUUCUCUGUUUCUGGUUGUGGUCUAGAAUGGUAGCCUUCUCUUCAUCAGCCUCGAUUGGAAAGAGGCUGCUAGGAUGGGAGCAGGACUCUAAUAAACAAACCUAUGGUUUUCUUCUA